AUUUUAUAAAUACAAAUGACGAAACGAAAUGAGUGAUUUACUGCAAAAUUAAACAUAAUUACUUCAUAAUAAUAAUAAUAAAGAUUUUCCGUUUUUCGGAUAAAAUUUUACACCUAAUAACGAUACAAUUUGAAAAUAUUUGAAUGUUAUUCAUUUUAUACUGUGAACUUGUGAACUAGGUACCUAGUCGGUGAAAAAACAUCAAAAUGUCUCUAAACAUUCCGGAUUGCCCAGCCAGCCUGAAGAGUAUUCAAUAUUACUUAAAAACUGCAUCAGAGCACGAUGCUAGAGAUCCCGUCAUCGCCUAUUGGUGUCGUUUGCAUGCCUUACAAGUUGGGCUUAAACUUACAACGAAGAAAACGCCCGAGGAAACAAAGGUUCUCAUGGCUAUAAUGGAUUGGUUAGAAGAAGCGAAAAAGACAAAUAAGGAUAAUGAUGCCGUAUCUAAUGAAGUAGUGGCUCAAGCCCAUUUGGAGAACUAUGCACUUAAAUUGUUCUUGUUUGCUGAUAAACAAGACAGAGAACAGAACUAUGGAAAGAAUGUAGUGAAAUCAUUCUUCCUGGCUGGUAUGAUAUAUGAUGUUCUUACAACCUUUGGUGAGUUAACUGAAGAAGCAGCUCAGAAUAGGAAGUAUGCUAAGUGGCGAGCUGCACACAUACACAGCGCUCUGAAGAAUGGGGAAAUGCCUGAGCCACCAACUCCACUCGCUGGUGAAGGAGAACAAAACGAUACUGGAUCGUUAGCUGAAGGUGGAGAAGGGUCAGCGCCAGCGCCCGCUCCCACUCCGGCACCAACCAGCUUUCCUCAAGAAUUCGGUUUUAGUGACAAUCCUUCUCAACCCACAAUUCCUACCAGCUUCAGCAACUCCCUGCCUGAUCCUAACGCUGCACUACGCGCGGCGUCCCAACUUCCACCAGUGCCAUACACUCCUGACCCGAACCCCGGCGGCUUCAUUCCCUACGACCCAUCACAACAACCACAGCCAACGCCCCCAAGCACCCUGUAUGGUGAUAACUCGAACCUCGUCGCCCAACUCAGCCCAGAACAGAUAGCCAAAGCUCAGAAGUAUUGCAAAUGGGCCAGCAGCGCCCUGAAUUAUGAAGAUAUUAAAACUGCAAUCAACAAUUUGAGAAAUGCUUUGGAACUUCUGCAGACUGGACGUGAUCCAGCAUGAAAUAAUAUGCUUCAUGCUUCAAAAAUUCAUGUCACCUGCGUUGUUCUAAUAAUAUUCACGCUGCGAAUUUGUUGCUGUAUAAAUUUAUUAAGAUAUUUUAUUAUAGGUGCUAGUAUAAGAACGUCAAAAAAAUUAUAAUGAGAAAAAUAAUUUCACAUAAGUGAGAAAUACUCAAAGGUAUGUAUAGUAGAUUUGCAUCUGGCUUUACAUUAAAUUACAUAAAUAUUAAUAUAUAAUUUUGGUAUUGGUAAACUAUUCAUAAUGAUAUUAAAAUUGGAGAUUUUUUUUUAAGUACGACUUUUUAUGCACUUCAUUUAACAUUACGUAAAUUUAACUAUACCUAAAUGUAAAUCGUAAAUAUAUUGUUGCAAGAUAUAAUAUAAAUAUAUCUGUUAAUAGUUA